AUGGAUCCGGGUUCAGGAAAAAGAAAUAGAGGGCCGUCAGUUACAGCAAAUAAUGAAAAUGGGAGAGAAACACCACAAAAUCGUCCAGAUACGCCGGAAAACCAUGAUGGAGAUCCUAUGGCCACCGAGGGCGAGGACGAUUCCAAGCCUCAAGGAAUGGACUUGGGAGAUGCCGAGCAAACAUAUGGUAUUCAAACACAGAAACCACAACCGUUUGGAGAUAGCCCUCCGCGCGACGACAGACUUUUUCGUGCGAACCCACCACUGAAUACCGAGAAACUCUCAAAGCCGAACGCCUCCUUAGAACCGCCUGUUACAAAAGGCACUUUGAGUGAAUUGGACGUCAAUAAGAUUGUUCACAACCCUCGACUGAGGCACGACAUCAACUUUGACCCUGAUUUACACUUUAGGCCAAAUCUGGAUGGUGAAAAGGGAAAAAAGAAGACUCAGAAAUCAACAUUCUUUUGGGACACCAUGCGGUCGGAAUUGGUUGAAUAUAUCACGAAUCGAGAAAGUUUUGAAGCUCGACAUGGGGACAAUGACUGGACACUUCCAGCGACUCUGAAAGCUAUUCGUGGUAUUCUAGAAACACUAGUGCCACAACGAGACCGCGCUUCUGUCGAAGAGACCUUUAACGUCGAUUUACUGAUGCAGCAAUUCCGAAUGGGCGUGGCUGAUCUGGUGAAACUUGCUAACUGGCUUUCUCAACUCCUGAAAUGUCAUUGUGCUCCCAUGAGAGAUGACUGGGUUGACGAGAUGGUAAACCAGCUUAGCAAUGGAGACCGUAAUGGAGAUGUGACCUUACUUGUUGCUGGUAUGCACAAUCUGUUAGGCGUUCUCGAGGCUAUGAAACUAGAUGUAGCAAACCAUCAAAUCAGGUGUCUGCGUCCGCUACUUAUUGAAGACACUGUUUCUUUCGAGCAAAAGUAUUUCUUGAAGAAGCAUGGCAUGAAGAAAAUCAAGCUGACGGAAUCUCAUGCAUGGUACAAUCGUGCAAUGGAUUUGCCAGAUCUCGUUGAGACAAAUGCUCCUGCGAACAAUUCAUGGACCUUCAUGAAGGCACUUGUUUACUUGAGUUUGCCAUCAAGAACGGAAGCAAUGCCAGCGACUUUUGCAUUCGACGAGGAUCGUCUAUCAAAGUUCAAAAGCGAUAUACAGGAUUUGAUCAAUCUUGAUAUUUGCAUGCACAUGUACCGUGGUUUGGAGACGCAAAAUCAACAAGAAGCUAGACAAAAUGCGAGAGAAGACACACCUUCGAGGUCAUUCACUUCUUCGCCUUUUGAUAGACCUACCUCUCCCGCGGACAACACUCUACUUUCUUCACCCACGAUCCCACAAGCCCAUCAUUUUACAUCAAGAGUAAGAAACCAUGCCCAAGAACGUGGACACUUCAUCCGCACUCUAACGGGUCGACAAAUAUGGAUACCGAGUGUCGAGGAUGACAUGGCCACCUCCUCAUCUGGAUCAAGUCCAAGAUCAUCGCCAUCUUCUGCGCCUUCGACACUUGAAACUAACCCACCAACACCACUGUAUCUGUCCGUUCCUAUUACAGAUAACUCCGCCCAAGCACGAACGUCAUUACAAGCUAUCCUCUCGUCUCUCACAACAUCUGACAAAUGGAAAACCUUGUCUCCAUCGAUGGCUCUCGAAAUUCUUCGAAUGACGAAAACAUCUCUCGCUCGUCUACCACAAUUCGAAUCGCAUCUUCAAUUCCACAUCUCCAAUCCAACCUCGAGACUACACCAAGAAGCAGAACAACGUGUUCUACAACAGCUUCUUCCUGUCCUUCAGAAGUUGGUUGCGACUUACACACCUCUUACCAGCGUUCAGAUCUUCGAGGCCGCAAUCGCCCCGAAAUCUGGUCCUGGUAGCGUCCAACCACAAUCCAACGGUGUUCACGACGAGAUCAAGGAGGUUUCGACGAGGAUAGCGCAUAUGGGAAUCCUCCAUUGGCGAGUCUGGGCACAUAUCGCAUACUUGGUAGAUCCGGACGCGGUCGGAGAAAUAAUGUCUUGA